UAGUAGGUUAACAUUAAAUAAGUUUAUCUAUUUUUAAAGAUUUUAGAAUUUUGUAUAUCAAUCUUAUAUUUUCUUCUGAUGGAUAUUUUAAUAUGUCUAGUAAAGGUCUAUUUUUGAUAAAUUUAUAAAGAAUACUUUUCGUUGAAUUGCAAUCAUGUCAAUCUUGAUAUAAGCUUUUUUCGAAAUAAUGACAAAAAUGUGUUUUUUAACAACAAGAAUUUGACUUUAAAUGGCUGCCAUUUUGUAUUUACUCACUCAAAUACAAUGAAAUUACAUUAAACGAUAGAAAAUAUUAUAAGGAAGAGAAUGUAUGUUUAUUUUUUGGUCUAUGACAAUCUGGAGCAAAGAUAUUAGCUUGGAAGUAAAAUAUCCCAAAAAAUGCAUUUUUGUGAAUAACUCCGCCAAAAAGAAUGAUCAGGUGGUGAGAAAUUGGGUUUAAGCCUUUUAAAUAUAACCCUAUCGAUCCAUGAAAUAAAAACUGACAGUGCCUCUGUGCGCAAGGUCAAAUGACGCUUUGACUGGAGUUUAACUCUCUAUAUUGUGUUUUGCGUUAUUUUUUAGUGGAAUUCAUAGUUUUUAGGAUCGCUGAAGCCUUCUAUUUAUACAUUUUACAUUUUGAUAGAAAAAGGAAAUAAAAGAAAUUAGAAGAAAUGAAUGAAAUUUCUAAAAAAUGUGUUUUCAAUCUUACUUACAUAAGUUCUUAAGUGAAAGUUUAAAAGUAAACUCAUUUUUCUAACUAAAUUACCACUGAAAACUUACAAAAAUGUGUUAAGAACCUUAUUUCGAAUUCCAAACAACCAAAAAUUCAAUCUGCAGUCGAAUCAAUCUGCAUUGAAAAAAAUUUGAUACUUUUCCGGAAGAUUCCGGAAGACUCGAUCUGAAACUCUUUUUGAGACGGAUUCACAUACAUUUUCACAAACACUACAAUAUACAAUUGCAAUAAUUUGGGACAAAACAAAACUUAAUAAACCAGAGCCUUUAAGCCUGAACUACAUAGAAACACAAAUAAUUUAAAUUUUUAAAUGUCACAUCAAUGAAAUGGUUUUUGUUAUCUUGUACUUUAAUUUACUUUUUAUACUUUUUUUGACUUUGUGUUUCGAUGCAGUUCUAGCUUUAUUGAAUAAAAAUAAAGAAAUUUAAAACAUGAAAUCAUUUCAAAAAUGUAAAAAAUAUUUUGUUUGAUCUGUCACUAGGACACACAUAAAUUUACAAAAAAAAAUUCCUACUAAUUGAAUUUCCUAAAUAGCCAAAAUAUUUGUGCUCCACAUAUCAACCGAACCGAGUGAACCGAUUUUUUUUUGUAUAGGAAAAGUUUUACACAUUACAGGGCUAAAAUUUGAAAAUAAAUACUAGGAAAGGCGGAACGAGUCCGCCGGGUCAGCUAGUUCUUUAAUAAAAUGUAUAAAACCUAAAUAAUUAAUUUUAUUUGCUAAUACAGCAAUAUUAUAACUUAGAAUUCUUAUAUCUUUUAUUUUAAGUAACUGGCGGACGGUUAGUUCCCAAUUAUUUUGCAUCACCCUGUCUAUACCAUUUUAACUGCACCCUCUAUUAUCACUAACGCCACUUGUAGACUGAUAGCUGCAACCGUAGUCCAGUCGAAUUAAACAUUUCAAAUGGAACUUUUAAGGCUUUCACGGUUUCUUACAGACAUAAUUUCAAAUGGAAAAAAAUAUAUCGUGCAAUUUUUUUUUCUUAGGACGGUAGAGGGAAUCACUGAAAGCUUAAAACCACUUUUUCGGAAAAAUCGAACAUUAGUCAAAGCCGCCAUCUUGGAUUAAAGAUAAAACACGUUUUAGUGAAUAACUCGGCCAUUUUGAUUUUUGACAAAAAUUAUAUAGGUACAACUUGUAGAAAGUUUUAUUUUCUAUAACUUUUAUUUUUAAAAAAUUUUCUAUAUGACAUAUUUUUCGAGUUUAUCUGAAAAAACUUGCCCCUACUCAGCUUAAACUUUUUACCCGCAUUGAGUAUAGAUUUUAAGAACAACGCAAUAUGGCAGUGUUUUUAUGUUUUUGGGGAUGAGAAAUCUAGCUCCAAUGUUAGUUUUUACAAAUUCCUGAAAUUUUAUAAAGAAAAGGAACUAUCUCAAAAUCAGUAAGUGUCAUUAAGAACAAAAUGAGUAAAUAUUAUAAUUAAUGUCUAGCAAAACAAUUUAAUCUUUGAAUUUUUCAAAUCGGUUCAUUAAUGCCUGAGUUAUGACCAAUUGUUUAUAACUCACUCUCUCUUUUAAUCUCUUAUUUUAAACAAUUGGUCAUAUCUCAGUCAUUAAUGAACCGAUUUGACAAAAUUCAAAGAUAAUAUUUACUCAUUUUGUUUAAAAUGACACUUAGCGAUUUUGAGAAAGUUCUUUUUGUUUAUAAAAUUUCAGGAAUUUGCAAAAACUAACAUUGCAGCUAGAUUUCUCAUAUUCAAGAACAUAUAAAAACAAUCCCAUAUUGCGUUGAUCUUAAAAUCUAUACUCAAUGCGGGCUUAAAGUUUAAGCUGAGUAGGGGUGUAGUUUUUUCAAAUUAACUCCAAAAAUAUAAGUCAUAUAGAAAAAUUUAUUAAUUUAUUAAAAUAAAAGUUAUAGAAAAUAAAAUUUUCUACAAGUUGUACCUUUAUAAUUUUUGUCAAAAAUGACCGAGUUAUUAACUAAAACGUGUUUUACUUUUAAUCCAAGAUGGCGGCUUUGACUCAAGGUCGAUUUUCCCGAAAAUCAGGUUUUAAGCUCUCAAUGAUGCCCUGUACCGUCCUAUGAAAAAAAUUUCACGAUCUAAUUUUUUCCAUUUCAGCUUAAUUUUUUGUACAUCCCGACUGAGCUGCCAGCUCCUCUUCCAUUUGACAUUUCUCGAAGUGAGUUUUGAUCUGUGCGGACGUGUUUUAGAUGUGCUCCCAAAUAAUAGAUUGAUUUAUACGGUGAUAUAGUGACUGAUUGAUUUGCAAUUGUUACAAUAAUAAAUACAGUGUUUGGCGAAAUAAUUAUUGAAUAAAUAUAAAAAAACAAUCAAUAGAAAAAGAACAAUUAAAUAAAGUAUACAUAAAUUAAAAAAAAAGAGAAAGAUAUAAUAAUAAAAACCGAACAACAUCGGUAAAUCAUUUAUUGAGUUAAGAAAUUGAACAGAGAAAGUAUCAUCCACAUAAAGUGCAGUGUGUGUGUACUAGAGUGACCGCAAGAAAUCGAUUUUCGAAAUUUGGUCUGGGGAACCCCAUAAAAUGUUCCGCCUUUGCAGAUUUUUAGAUAGCCAAAAUUUCAGCUCGAUUGGAUAAGUCUAAAUGGUGCCGACACUCGCUCAAAGUAUCAAAAAUCUCUGUUUUUUCACUGUUUUUCGAAGAAAAUUAGCUCUAGCUCCCAAACAGAUGGGGUUAUUUUCACUUUUUAUAUAUUAAAUUAAAGGUAGUGUUGUUACACAUAAUUCAGAUGCUAAAUUUGUUUAGUUUUACUAAAAAAAAAAGAUAUUGUCAUCAAUUUAAAUUUUCAGUACUUACCUCAAAAAGAGCUGAGGUACAAACUCGAUUUAAAAUGACAUUUUUUUUAACUGUUAAAAAAAACGAAUUAUUUAACAGAUUUCUAAAAAACAAAAUAUUUAACAUCGUGUUACAUUUCUUAUACAUAAUUAAUGAAGUAAAUACUAAAAAAAUGUAAUCAAGAGAUUUACUUAAAGUAGUUUUGGAAGCAUCAGGAUACAAUUUUCGGCACUCACUGACUACUUGAAGUACAUAUUGUUUUUGUUUCUCAUCUUUAGUUAAAAGGUUAUUAAAAUCGGCUAUUAAUUUGACUCCUCUUUCUGCAAUGUCAUUUACGAGUUUAAGUGAUUGCACUUUUUUAAAGCCUUAUUUAAAAUACGGGUUUUCGGGACAAAGAUUUGGAGGUUCUUUGAGAAAACUUGUGUUUAUUUUCAAUCGGCUGAAAAAGUUCAAUGUUUCUUUGUUCACAAUAUUUUUUAACCCUGCUGUGACAAAUUGUUCAACUUCAUGUGUCUGUAGCUUUGGCUUUACUUUUCUGUUGGUUUCGGUUUCUCUGUUUUACAAAAUUAUGUUGGCCAUUUCUGAUUUUUCGCCACCUGGUAAAGUUGGGUCAAAGAACGCCAGACCUACCAGCUCUGAACUCAAAUACAAAUGGUUUGAGAAUUCAGCAAGAGCCUUCUCUGAAAUGUCUUUGUCAAUCUUGCGGUAUUCAAUGCAAUUACGCAAAAGAUCAAGAUUUUGUUUAGGAGCCACAUAAGCUCUUCGGGCAUUAAACCAAGCAUUGCAGUAAAUUUGUACGAUGAAAACGCAGAUAUCACCGCGAGAAUUUCGUUCCUCGUUACUUAUUUUAAACUGGCUUCGAUACAUGAAAAUUUUUAAACUAUAAAUAGCUUUGGCCAUCCACCUAGCAUGAUGAGUGGCUCCUGGUGUUCUGAAUCCAACUACGCUUCCAUCUAGAACUCCAACAAUCAUUUCUAGGCUGAAAUUCUUGUAGUUAAUCCUUUAAUUCACCUGAUAUCUGGGUUAUAACUUCAGGGGUUAGGUGUUUAUUUACAUUUUUAUCACUGAUACCCGUGUGAUAUAUUUUUGAAUCUAGUUUUGGCCAUUCAUUUUGAUACCUUUUAAAAAUAUCUGGUUGAGGUCCAGUUGAACCCAACUUACAAUGAAAAAUACCUCUUAGCAAAACUUCAAGAAUAUGGUGACGACAGGCCAGGUACAGCAACUCUAUAUCCAACAUUUGCUGCAAAAUGUUGCAAGAUCCUUUCACUCUUCCAGUGUUUGAAGCAGUGGUGUCAAAACACAUUGCUUUUACAGCAUUCGAAACUCCCCAUUGUUCCAUCAUUUCAUACACAGCUGCUGCCUGCUCUUCAUCAGUACUAUUUUCUAUAACUGGUACUCCUAGAAGUUUGUCUUGUCAAUUUGUCAAUUUUACUCUGUGAUUCUAUUGUUGAUAUAAUUAUUAUAUGUUAUUAUAUAUUAUAAGACAAGCAUUGCGAUUAGAUACCUUACAUCAAUCUAUAACAUAGAAAGUUUCAUUUUAAAUCGAGUUUGCACUUCAGCUCUUUUUGAGGUAAGUACUGAAAAUUUAAAUUGAUGCCUAUUUUAUUUUUUUUAAGUAAAACUAAACAAAUUUAGGAUCUGAAUUAUGUGUAACAACACUACCUUUAAUUUAUUAUAUAAAAAGUGAAAAUAACCCCAUCUGUUUGGGAGCUGGAGCUAAUUUUCUUCGAAAAACAGUGAAAAAAUAGAGAUUUUUGAUACUUUGAGCCAGUGUCGGCACCAUUUAGACUUAUCCAAUCGAGCUGAAAUUUUGGCUAUCUAAAAAUCUGCAAAGGCGGAACAUUUUAUGGGGUUCCCCCGAAAAAAAUUCGACAAAAUUUUUUUUCUAGGGAGUUGCGGUCACUCUAGUGUGUACCCAUACUUUAAUAUGGGUGAUAGUUGCAAGGAGUGAUUCAUUCUUGAAAGGGGGGACUUAUUUACCAUGCAACGGAAUUUGUGGAAAUUUUUUUCAUUUUAAGUGUGCUAAAUUGUCUGAAUAUGACGGAAACAGGAGAAACCAGCGGUUCUUUAUAGAUAGAUAGAUAGAUAAAUUUUAUUCAUGAAAGCAGAUUUUUUAUACAAUGUAUUGAGUAAAGAACAUGAAUAAAUUAAGACAUGACAAAAUUUGUCGUGUGUCUGUUGUAUAAAAUAUUAUUAUAUAUAUAUAUAAUUCAUUUUUAAUUUUUAAACAUUUAUUUGAUUUUAAACUUGUAACCGUUUUAGUUAUUGUAUCUUAAAAAUUGUAUCUAAUAUACAUAAGAAGGCACUUUGUUUUAAAAGAAUCGAUAGAUUCAUGUUGUAGUCGCUACUGCAACCAUGUUGUACUCGAUAGUGCAACAAUGUUGUACUCGAUAGUGCAACAAUGUUGUACUCGAUAGUGCAACAAUGUAGCAAAUAAAUAGUGCAACCAUGUUGCUGUAAGUGAAGUUGCGGCAACAACUGUUGCGACAAAUGCCCAAAGAGAAGGUACAAUGAUUUUGGUAAAAGAAGCUUUCUUUUAUUAUAAAAUUUUUGAACGCUAUCUUACGGUAGGACCAAAAUCAUUCGACAACUUACCGUCAUUGAGAAACGUUAAAAUUGUUUCAAGUAUUUCUUGUGCGUGGAAAGAAAGUCAUAAGACUAUAAUAAUUAAAAGACAAUUAAGAUUGCAAGAUAGUUAAACUAUCUUUUUUAUAUAUAAGUUGUGAACUCAAGUUUUAAGGCGGUUCUUGAAUAUAAGAGCCGUCGUCUAUUCUACUCCGGUGCUAGACAAGAAAUUUCCAUUAGGAAAAUUGCUUCCGGAAAACCCGGAAAAGUCUCACCAAAUAUCCUUAAUAAUACCAGGCGAGCAGGAAAAUCAGGCAGUGACAUAUCAAACAAAUAGCAUAAAUUGAAAUCAAUUAAAUUUAAAUCGACCGAAACAUAAUACCUGUCGGCUAAAAAUAGUCCACUGAUUCCUUAGAGAGUACAUAGCUCGGAGGUCUUACGCUCCGAUAUAUGCGAAGGAGCUUGGAGGGUUCGACGUUCAAAUCCCGAGCUGAACCAAUUCAAAAAUUAUUUUUUUUUAUUUUUUUAUAUAUAUUUUUUGAUUUUUUUUAAAUAAGAUUUUUUUUGUUAAAAUAAGUGUUUCUGUUAAAUUUGCCAUAAUUUUGCUCACCGCGUUACUUCAGAAAAAAAGUGUUAGAACAAUUUUAUCAGUACGCGAACCGUACUUAAAGUAAAGUAACUCACGAAAUUAAAAGUGUUAUAUAUAUAAGAUUAAAAUUUGAAAUUUGUGUGUGGACGAGGGUUGAAGUCCUCAAAAUCAAAAAUCAACACCUACUUCAGCAGUGGCCACUUAAGAAGGAAAUAAAGGGUGAGUUUUCUCUUUAAAAUUGAUUUCAUAAAUACUUAUUUACUUAUAUAUAUAUAUAUCUACUUAUUAUAAUAAUUGCGGGAGUUAAAAGGGUAUAUAUUGUGUGGGGAUCAAUGAUAAAUUAAUUAAUUAUAAAAUUGAAUAAAAGAGGAUUUUUAUAUCCCAAAACUAUAUAAUAAAUCGAAGACGUAUUUAUAAGAUUGCGAAGAACAAUUAUUUUAAGAAAGUGAUUCCGUGGCAUAAUAAGGCAAACUUAUACUUAAACUUACUUAAAAAUUAAACUUAUAAAUCUAUACAAAAGAAACUUAAACUUAAAUUUUAUUUUUUAUUAUAAAUAUUAAAUUACAUUUGAAUUUUUAACGAAUUUCAUCUAUAAACUUAAAGUAGUAAAUAAAAACAUAUGUAUAAAAACUUUAAGUAAUAAAUUUUUUUUUAAUUAAAACCAACAUGAAUCUCAUAUAUUUAAUUUCAUGAAGAUAUUAAAGAUCUCACUAUGAGAAGUGAAUAAAGUAAUUUUAUAAAGAGAUGGGGAGGGCAGUUUGAGAGAAUGAUGUUCUGGGAGUGAGAAGAUACCUAGUUAAGGGAUCGUCUAAGCGAGUAUGACGACAAUGGUAGGGAGGGCAGGAAGGAUUCUCGCGCAUCUUUGAACACCUAUAGAUGCAUAUGCUUAAGUCUGAUAUGAUUAUUUUUUUUGUAAAGUAUAAUAAGGUCAAACAACCCACCCCACCGACGAGCUAAAAAUGGGAACUAGCAUAUCAGCACUGACCAAAAGCCUAAAAUAAUACGUUACAAAAUGGCGCCCGCAACGUGGAGCCCACUAUUACAAUAUAGUGAGGCUAAUAUUUUACUGAGCCACUUCAAUUUAAUUUUUUUAAUAUUUAUUUUUUAAUUGAAUUUUAAUUUUGUUUUGAUUUUUGAACAACUGGGUAGAGUCGUUCUUGUGAGUCCCUAUGACUGGAUGUAGAGCAUUCGGUAUCGAGUUGCAACAAGAAAGACGAAACCAAAGAAAUAUCCAUAUACAAGAAGGUAUAAGGUUUCGAGUCUGUGAGUAUCGAUUUGGUACUCGUAACGCCGAACAAAUUUAGCCCUUGCUUGGAGAUUUAAGUGGGAAGAAGACUCGCCAAUACGGGAGUGUUUGCAGAAGUCCUUCCCACAAAUUCUCAGAAUUCUUUUGUUUUUUUUAGAGUCUUUUCAGAUGGGAAGCGUCUGUUGAUGUCCUAUUGAAAGAAAAAGAAUUUAAUUUCAUUAUUAAUAAUUGUAACAUUAGUUUCAGAUACAUACCAAUAGUUUAUUUUAAUUUUGUAUAUCUUGGCUCGCAGGACUACGGUGUCUUCUCAUUCUUAGGAUUUUAAUCCUCUCAUACAUCGUCAUCCUCAUCUCUUUAGUAAUCAAUGUAAAGUUUCUGAAAAGGAAAUAAUUUAACAAAUAUAAAAACGUUUGGUUUUUCAAUUAAUUUUUUUAAACAAAAUAUAUUUAAAAAUAGAUUUUGAUUUUUUUUCUUAUUUAUUUAUACAUAAACAUAUCUUUAUAACUGAAUUAUAAACAUAUCUAUUCAAUAAAACAUAAUACAAAUACAAUUUUGAAUUGGUUCGAGUUGGUGAAUAAACUUUUCGGUUACUCAGUACGAAAAUUGAAAGGUGUUUAGAACUAUCUUUUUGGGGUUCAAAAGCAUGAGCCAAAACGGACCAAGGAAAAGUUUUCUUGGCAGUAGUUGGGGAAAUCUUCGAGCAAUAUCUGAAGCGAGAUUCGAAAGCUUUGUACGUCGUUUUAAUAACACGAUAGAUAGAUUUAACUUAGAUCAGUCAGUAGAUUUUUCAAGAGAAUUAAAUUCAAUUAUUUCAGAGUAUAGCGCCGACAUGUCGAAUGCAGAGGGUUCAGUAGAACCUUCUGAGGUGAAUCAAAGCACAGAGUCAGAUGUAGACUUAGCAAACAAAACGUUUGAGAAUGGAAUAGAUCCUACACGGACAGUACAGGCUGUCCCACCUGGGGCAGGGACUUCCAACACAGUCACUGGUACAGGAAGCGUUGAACGCGAUGAUUUUGCUGAUAGGGUCGAGAGAAGUCUUAUCGAUAAUCAAAUGCGGGUAUUCGAACAAAUGAAACAGUUUAUGGAAAGCGUUAAUAAACGCAUAGACGCACUCAGCAAACCUGUAAAUGCACAAGGUACCACUGAUUUUGCGGGAAGUAAUCCGCAACCGGCUGCAUCUGAACAAUUUAGACACCACUUCAUGUCUCCUUUGACUGGAGAUUUUGGUGCAAUGUCGUUAGCAAACUCAGAUGAUUCUGAAAAAUGCCGUCUCGAUAGAUGGCACAUAAAUUACGAUGGCACAACUAAUGUAGGGGAUUUCCUAUUCCAAGUAGAUACGUGUCAAGCUUCUUCCAGAUACUCAGAUAAGCAAAUUACUUCAAAGUUUCACACAAUACUCAGUGGCAGGGCUAAUGUCUGGUUUUGGAGAUAUUUGCGCAAAAAACCGGAAGCGAAAUUGGAAGAAGUAAAAUCUGAGAUGCGGAAGGAGUUUGGAAGACCUGAAAGUGAUGUAGAUAUUUAUAUGCGUUUACUUACUCGGAAGCAGGGGUCUAAAGAGUCCUUUGACGAAUUUUAUAAUGCCAUUAUUACUAUCAACGAUAGAAUGAAAGAACCUUUCGACAACAAGAAGUUGGCAAGCGUCAUACGAAGUAAUGUUCGAGAUAAGUUAGGGGAGAUUCUGCUUUCUGCCGAUGUAAAAACCUUAGAACAAGUAAGAAAUAAGGCAAGGGAAGCAGAAAGAUACCUGGCUAAACGGGUUUCUUCGCCCAAGGUUCAGGAAAUAACUUUUGAAGAAGAACAAGACCAACCAGACCUAGAAGGUGAAGAAAUUGCGGCCUUUUCGCAUCAAAAUAGGGUAGGGUCAUCACCAAGUUAUAGCUGCCAUAAUUGCGACGAAAAGGGACACUCCUAUUUAUAUUGUCCUUCGCACACACGUAACCUGUUUUGUUACUUUUGUGGAGCAAAAGGCGUAACUACAGUUGAGUGUGGAAAACAUGCGGGAAACUUUCGACGGGACGAGAAGAAGGGCUGGGAAAGUCGUCCCUCGAAAACCAAUCAAGGCCCUUCCAAACAAUAAAUAACAUUAAUAAUAAUAAAAAUCUCACCUCUGAAGAAAUUGACUCCCUACAACAACCGGGAGCAGAUCAGCAGUGUCAGGAAUUAGGGAGUAAAAUCGAAGAGUUAGUUCCAACAAAAAUCUUGAAACGUGAAGUAUCAGAAGAACUUCAUAGCCAUCCCAGGCACACGUAUGAACUUAAGUCUCUUCAUGAUCGCAAGGUUAAUUACGAAAAAGCCCGUGCUAGAAUUAUGGGAACAAAAAAUUUAGUAAAUAAAAAAAUACAAAGGUGUAGAGGUAGAUAUAGAAAUCGAAGAAAAAUAAAAAAACUCAUUGUAGACUCGAUAAUCUGUUCAGAAACAGAUGGUAGGAUGUACGCUAACGUACUACUUAAGGAUGAAGCUAAUUUUGGGUUGUUAGAUAGUGGAGCAUCUAUCUCGGUGUUAGGUAACGGUUGUUGGGAUUUAGUGAAAAGAAUUGGAGUCGAAGUAAAACAAUAUAAAAAUCUCGUACGUACAGCGGACGGCAAGUCACACGAUAUUGUAGGGUAUUGUAAUAUUCCUACCAAAUAUAAUGGCGUAUCUAAGCUCAUUUCUUAUUAUUUAAUCCCAAAUUUAACCCAGAAACUAUAUCUAGGGAUGAAUUUUUGGAAAGAGUUCAAUUUGUUACCACAGAUAAAUGAAAUUCAAGCCGACUUACACGAUAACGAAAAUCAAACGAGUUUUAAGGAAGAAGCGGAGCUUAUAGAUCUUACUCCAGAACAGAAAGUAAAGCUAGAGUCAACAAAAAAAUUGUUUCCCAACUUUGUAGAGUUAGGUUUGGGGAAAACUAAUAUAGGUAUACAUUCCAUAGACACAGGUACAGCGGUUCCUAUUAAAUCACGACAUUACCCAUUGUCCCCGGUCCGUCAGGAAGAAGUUUACAAGGAGUUGGACCGCAUGUUAGAACUUGGUGUUAUCGAGGAGUGCAAUUCUCCGUGGUGUUGCCCAUUGGUUUUGGUUAGAAAACCCGGCAAAGUUCGUUUGUGUUUAGACUUUCGAAAAGUCAAUGCUGUCACGGUAAAAGAUGCUUACCCAAUGCCUCACGUCGAUGGUCUUUUAAGUCGUAUAAAAGAUACGCAUUUCAUUUCGGGCAUUGAUCUCAAGGACGCGUAUUGGCAGAUUCCAUUGGAAGAAAGUUCUCGGCCAAAAACUGCGUU